CUCAGUGACGCAAGCGGAAGUGUUUAUAAAUACAGCUGAUUGCCUUUCACGUGAGGAGGACCUCUUGAAACCCUUCUUGCAUCUGGUUUAUUUCAGUGAUACUGUCAUUUAUGUCUUCUGCACUUCGUAAACAGUGGGGAUUUUAACAGCGUUUCUAGACUAAAGAGGAUCAUGUUACAUCUCGCCUCGCUUAGGGGCGAUCAGACCCGGGCAUUGUGAAACCCUGUCUGUGGGAACCCGAUCUGAAGUGAUCGGAUGUGGAGGAAUGAUCCCACUUUGCAUCCUCUCCGUGGCUCUGUGACGACAUGACGACGGGGAAAUAGACAUUUCUACAGACCUAGGAACUGGGUCCUUCUGAAGGAACCACAUAGUCUUGUUUUGGACUUGGAGAGCAGCCAUGUCUCAACUUAUUGAUUCGGAUGAAAGCACUCCUUUGCUCAGAGACGAUGCGAGCAGUGACGACGGCAAGGACGCAGACUACAAGAGCCGGUGGAGGUCCAUCAGAAUCAUGUACUUCACCAUGUUUCUCAGUAGUGUGGGGUUCACCAUCGUCAUAACCUCCAUCUGGCCCUACUUGCAGAAGAUCGACCGCGGCGCCGACGCCAGCUUCCUGGGCUGGGUGGUGGCGGCCUACAGCCUGGGCCAGAUGGUGGCCUCGCCCCUUUUCGGCCUCUGGUCCAAUCACAGGCCUCGCCGGGAGCCGCUGGCGUGCUCGCUGCUGAUCAACGUUGGGGCCAACGUGUACUACGCCCUGGUGGCCCUGCCGCUCGCCGGCAACCGCUACCACAUGCUGGCUGCCCGCGCCCUGGUGGGCUUCGGCGCAGGUAACGUUGCCGUGGUGAGGUCCUACGUUGCCGGGGCGACGUCGUUGAAGGAGCGGACCAACGCCAUGGCCAACAUGAGCGCCUGCCAGGCUCUGGGCUUCAUCCUGGGACCAGCCCUCCAGGCGGCCCUGUCCUUCAUCGGGGAGACGGGCGUGGCCGUGGGGGGCGGCGGCCUGCGGCUCAACAUGUACACCUCCCCCGCCCUGUUGGCCGCGCUGCUGGGGGUCCUCAACAUCCUGCUGGUGAUGCUGGUGCUCAGGGAGCAUUUUGUGGACGACGAGGGGCGACACCUCUGCGCCAUCAACUACGAGUCUGAGGAUCAAGUGGAGCUGCAGGAGGCGGAGGGCGACAUCGACCCCAUCGCCGUGCUCACCUCCAACCUACUCUUCUUUGUCAUCAUGUUCAUCUUCGCCGUCUUCGAGACGAUCGCCACGCCCCUGUCCAUGGACAUGUUCGCGUGGGCCCGGACGGAGGCCGUGCUCUACAACGGCAUCAUCCUCUGCGCCAUCGGCUUCGAGUCCAUCGCCGUGUUCCUCGUGGUCAAGGUGGUGGCUCAGAGGGUUGGAGAUCGUCCCGUGCUGCUGGGGGGCCUUAGCAUCAUAUUCUGUGGCUUCUUCGUGCUGCUGCCAUGGGGUGACCAGUACCCCCUCCUCCAGUGGGAAGACAUCAAGAACAACUCUGUGGUCAACCAGACAUUCUCCAGCCCCCUCUCCAUCACCCCCAUCGCCCCAGGGGCCUCCAACGGCACGGUGGGGCCCCGGGGCUGUCCCUUGGCCCAGAGCUGGUGCCAGUAUACGCCCUCCAUCCACCUGGGCCAGUUCGUCAGCGCCGACGUGCUCAUCGGAGCCGGCUACGCCGCCUGCAACGUCAUGUCCUACACGCUCUACUCCAAGAUCCUGGGGCCCAAACCGCAGGGCGUGUACAUGGGCUGGCUGACGGCGUCGGGGAGCGGGGCCCGGACGCUGGGCCCCGUGUUCGUGUCCAACGUGUACACGCGCCUCGGCCCGCGCUGGGCCUUCAGCGUCAUGUGCGGCCUGGUGGCGGCGGGCGUAGCUCUCCUGGCCGCGCUCUACCGCCGGCUGGUCCCCUUCUCCGUCCGCCACCGGAGGGCCAGGGACACGUAGCCCCCCCAGCGUGUAGCGGAGGACCGGGGCGCGGCAGAGCCCGACACUGGACACUGCGUUGUCGCGGGCGAGGUCUAGAACGACGAGGAAACGGCUGCUUGGUUUUUAUUGCAUCACCGGUCGUACCGCCAGGUGUGACGUGUGGUUUCGCCGUUACGAGCCGUUUUUGAAAAUCGGCCUCUUCUGACAUCACAGGUGGGCGUGUUCACCGAGAUGUGUGACUGAUGGAUGGGCGACGUUCUCUCCAGUCCACUGGGUACGUCGCUGCUAGGCCGAUUUUCAAAACGUCUUGUAAUGGCUGAUCACACUCACACCUGGUGGUAGAAUAGGUUCCCCAGUUCUAAUCAAUAUAUGAGUGGUGCAUUUCUUUUUUGGAAACACUUUUGUAACAAUAGGACUAUUAGCAAUGUGUGAUAAGUAUUGUGAAUGAUGAACAAAGCUUUGGUCCCAAUUACUCUGUUAUCCAUAUUGGUAUUAGGGCUACGUCUUCUGCGUAUGUUUUGAACAAGCAAUGUUACUUUCCGUUAUAUUAUUUGACGAAUGAUUUUAUUGUACUGAUUUUAGACGAUUGCAAUUCACAACAGGGAUGUAAAUAAGUGGACUGAUAGUUUAAAGUGUAAAUAUUGAGUGAUUCAUGAUAUUUUUUACAUGUGUAUGAAUGGAAUUUUCAGUCUGUCAAGAAAUGAAGGUGAGUGUGUGGGUGUGUGAUAGAAUUUGAAUACGGCAACUACCUUGUUUAAAUAAUCGAUGAAAAUAAUGUGAUUUAUUCUGAAUGACUAAUCCAAAGAAAUGUUGAAGAGAAACGUUCAUCAACAAUUAAAAUAUGGAAAUAAGCAAUGUCUUUCAUAGUUAUUUGUGUUAAGCAUGAAAUCUUUCAUAGUUCGUAUAUGCAUUUAGUUGAUUCCAUUGUGCGAGGGCUAUAAGUGAGACCACAAUUUUAAAAUUACUAUUAAUGUUAUUAAUAAUGAUGCAUACGUCUGCUGACGUACACGUUUCAAUGUACAUGCCCGAGGGGCUUUGCUAAGGUGUGUAGGACUGCUGUGUACGUCUCAUGUCUUGCCAGUCUGGUGAGCCAGUGUUGUGCCCGGAACAGGAUGUGGUCCGCCUGGGUUAUCACAAGACACAAAGAAACACACACAAUUAUAUCACCCAAAUCCUAACCUUAAGAAGCAGGAUUACAGCUCUGCUAAGAAGAUCUUCUGAGAACAAUCUGUUAAUUAAAUGCAUAAAAAAUAUACAAAUAAAAAAUAUAAAAAAUACUUAAAUAUAUUGCACUUUCUAAAAUGCUCAUUUAUUGCAUUUGUUUUCUUUUAAUUAUCUAUUAUUUUAUUUUAUUGCUUGGCAAUGUUUAUGUGUGAAGUACUUUGAGUCUUGGUGUAUGAAAAGUGCGAUAAAAAAUAAAGUUGCCUUUCCUUGC